AGCAAAAGCAAAACCAUGGCGGAGACCCUGCAGCUGCCCGCGCUACAGAUCCAGGGGCCGGAGGAUGGGGAAUGUGAGCGGAAUCCGGCACUGUCGAGCUCUUGCAGUCCUUCUCUACGCCGCAAGCGCUUUAAAAUGCGACGGAUGAAAAAUGUCAUGAGUGAGAAGGAACAGCUGGAGAAGGAUCAGCUUCAGCGGACUGGCUCCAAGGAGUACCUCCAGCUUCCGUCCAUCGAGAUCACACCAUCCGGUGAGGAGGAUGCGCCGUGGUCCAGCUGUUCCACCCCCACCGCCUCACCCCAACGCAGACGCUUCCUUCUGCGCAAGUGGCUGCGCGGAGGUGACAAAAAAGACAAUGGCAGUGAAAGCAGCAGUCAGCAGAGCAGCCUGCAGAGCAGUCAUGAAGAGGAGUCCACCACACGUUAUUUAAGUCCGAACGCCCGUGAGGACAGCACUGCCAGUAACUCGAACCGCAGCACGCCGGCCUGUUCACCCGUCCUGCGUAAACGCUCGCGUUCCCCAACACCCCAGAGUCCGGAGGGAGAGAACAUGGUGGAGAAAAACUCGGAUCAUUCCUCAGACAAAUCCCCCUCCACCCCUGAACAAGCUGUCCAGCGCACCUACAGUCAGUCGAUUCACAACACCCGUCCCGCCGGCAAGAACUCCAAGUCACUCAAGAGAUUGUCUAAAAAAAGUCAAAGCUGGUACAACGUUUUGAGUCCCACAUAUAAGCAGCGAAAUGAAGACUUCAGGAAGCUCUUUAAGCAGCUGCCUGACACGGAGCGUCUCAUUGUGGACUACUCCUGUGCCCUGCAAAGAGAUAUUCUCCUGCAGGGUCGCCUCUACCUCUCCGAAAACUGGAUCUGUUUCUAUAGCAACAUCUUCCGCUGGGAAACGCUGCUGACCGUGAGGUUAAAAGACGUCUGCUCCAUGACAAAAGAGAAGACGGCUCGACUCAUACCCAAUGCAAUCCAGCUGUGCACAGACAGUGAAAAGCACUUUUUUACCUCAUUCGGAGCGAGAGAUCGGACAUACAUGAUGAUGUUCAGACUCUGGCAGAAUGCCCUCUUGGAGAAGCCUUUGUGUCCCAAAGAGCUGUGGCACUUUGUCCAUCAGUGUUAUGGAAAUGAACUCGGUCUGACCAGUGAUGAUGAGGAUUAUGUACCUCCCGAUGACGACUAUAACACAAUGGGGUACUGUGAGGAAAUCCCCCCCGAAUACAACGAGGCCAAUGACAACUGCCCCAAAACAUCAGAGGCAAAAAUGGACAUCAGCCCACAGCUCCACAAAAAAGUUUCCCCCAAUAACAGCCUGAAUUCAACAGACAGCGCAGAUGCUCCAGUUAGUUUUGACAUUCCCCCGGUGGAGGAGUUUGCUGGCUGUGCCCCAGAAGACCUCCUGUCCCUGCCUUUACCUGACAACAAACCUUCAGAAAGCAAUGGCUCCGCCCCCACCCCAGUCCCCGCCCCCUCGCUUGACUUUAACGACAAUGAGGACCUGCCCACCGAACUCAGCGACUCCUCGGAAACACAUGACGAGGGAGAGGUGCAGGCCUUCCAGGAAGAUCUGAAUGGGAAGCUGUACAUUAAUGAGGUGUAUAAGUUCAGCGUAGACAAGCUCUUUGACAUCCUCUUCACAGAAUCCCAAUUCAUGAGGGACUUCCUGGAACAGAGACGCUUCUCAGAUGUGGUCUCUCACCCCUGGAGGAAAGAAGAAGGAGGAACUCAGACCAGAGAGAUCAUGUACACCAUCUCUCUCUCCAACCCGCUAGCCCCCAAAACAGCCACAGUCACAGAGACACAGACUCUGCACAAGGCCAGUCAAGUGAGCGAGUGCUACAUCAUUGACGCUGAGGUGAUCGCUCACGACGUCCCAUAUCACGAUUACUUUUACACGCUUAACCGGUACAUGCUCACUAGAGUCGCCAAAAACAAGUGCCGUCUGAGGGUGUCGGCUGAAUUGCGCUACAGAAAGCAACCGUGGGGAUUGGUCAAGGGUUUCAUUGAGAGAAACUUCUGGAGCGGCCUGGACGAAUACUUCAGGUAUUUAGAGCUGGAGUUAAAUAAGGUACAGAUGCUGCUCUCCGAACAUCAUACACAGUCUCCUAAAUCCAAAGCAUUACGCACAGCGAGGCGACGGAAGCGACCGCUGACGCACAUGAGACAGCAGCACCUCGAUGAGGCGCUCAGUCCCGUCACCACACCUGAGGGGGAGAAGAGCGUCAUCCAUCGCAUCAAACACGUGGCAGGAUCCACACAGACCAGACACAUGCCGGAUCACGGGUCUGAAGGUCUGGCUCUCUACAGCGUCUCUAAACUCUUGCUCAUCAUCAGCUCUGUUCUGGUGUUGCUGGUCUUUUUAAACAUGAUGCUGUUUUAUAAACUCUGGAUGCUGGAGUACACCGCUCAGACUCUGACCUCUUGGCACAAUCUCAGGUCUCAGGAAAGUAAACUUCCACAGACACAGACAGAAUGGGCACAGCUCUUAGAGUCCCAGCAGCGUUUUCAUGAAAGCGAGCUGGAGAAAUGGAGGGAGAUAAUAAAAACCUCUGUGCUGUUGUUAGACGAGAUGAGGGAGUCUCUAGUGAAGCUACACAAGAGCGUUGGAUUAAGAGACUACGAAUCAGAGACUGAGGAGAGGAGGAAUCAUUAUCACUGACGAACAGAAUCCCAGCUCGGCCAACGUGAACAUCUCUACACAAGGAGGUUUGAUGAGCCGGGCUGGGCGGGGCGAGUGGGCGGGGCAUGGUUGAACUAAAUAGCUUUCAUAGUCCAAAUGCAUAACCCUACGCUCUCAUGCCUCUUCCCUCCUUAUCUCCUCACUUUUUGGAACGUUAUGCCGAGAGAGCCCAAAUAAAGGAAGGCAUUCAGGCGGGGCGCCGCGUGAAAACUGAUUGUUCUGCACACCCAGGGCUAAAACAAACAAACUUGUUUAACCAUCAAUGCAAAACGGACACUGGACCCUCGCUGGUUUAAAUACUUGAAAGACUGGAGCUGAUGUUGAAACGCAACAGCAUCCUUUUUUGAAACUUCUCGGAGUCUUGGACCAGAUAAAAAUAUAAAGGACAUAAACAUUUAUUUAUAAUCUAUAUAUAUAUAUAUAUAGAGUCGAAUGAUAUAUGUGAAAAUAUACGAUUUGUAAAUAGAGUUAUAUUUGUUGCCAGAGUUCAUUUGUAACAACUUUCCAUGGAGAAUCAAGGCUGGUUCCUUGAUAGCCUGCGCCAUGGUGCAUUAAAUAUAUGCAACUGAUAUUUAAUCUCCGGUGGGAAGGAGGGACCUCACCUGAUUGGAUGAUUUGUGGUGAGCCACGGUCACCCAGGUUAAAUGGUGAAAACAUCUGUUGUGCGUCAUUGGCUGCAUUACAAUUUGCAUACUGCUUGAGUAUUAGAUGAGUAUUAGACGCAACGCUAGUAUUUGGACAAUCCACUAUAUUAUAAAUGUGUGUCUUGGUACCUCAGACUCACUGUUGCAUGUAAGUGUGAGCAUGCAUCUAAAUUCAUUAGUUUACAACUGAUGUGUCCACAUUUACAUACUGUACGUUAGGGCUGCAUAAUGAUAAAUUGCGACUAAUCGUUUGCAAAAUUAUAGUUUUUGUUUACAUCAUACGGUAUUUGUAUGUACUUUAUAUGUGUGUAUAAUAAUUAUGUAUAUAUAAAAUACACACAUGCAUGUAUAAUUUUAAGCAAAAAAUUAUUAUUAGAUUAAAUAUUUAUAUAUAAAUCAUUAUGCAGCCCUGUACGUACAUUCAUGCAUUUGUCAGAUGCUUUUAUCGACAAAAAAGUGACUUACAGUGCAUUCAAAGUAUUUUUUAUCAGCAUGUACUGUAAGUAAUUUGCCUCUCACUGCAAAAAAAUGACUUUUUUUCUUAGUAUUUUUGUCUUGUUUUCAGUAAAAAUAUAAAAAUAUCUUAAAUUAAGAUGUAUUUUAUUGAUAAGCUAAUUGACCUAGGAAAAUAAGUGUAGUUUUUAGACAAAAAAAAUAUAAAAUUUAAGAGAAUUUGUGCUUAAAACAAGCAAAAAAAAAAAAACAACUGCCAAUGGAACACUGCAAAAAAUUAUUUUCAAGAAAAAAAUUCUUAGUAUCUUAGUUUUUAGUAAAAUAUCUAAAAAUUCUUAAAUUAAGAUGCUUAAUAUCAAAUUUAAGUGAUUUUGUGCAUAAAACAAGCAAAAAAUCUAAAAUAGGGUAAGCACAUUUUUCUUGAAUUUUUCUUGAAAUUUUGUGUUUAAGAAAAAUUUUCAAGAUUUUUUUGCUUACUCCAUUGGCAGAUUAUUUGCUUGUUUUAUGCACAAAAUCACUUACAUUUGAUAUUUUUGGUCUUAUUUUCUUCGGUCGUUUUGCUCAACUUUUCACUAGACUAAACUCGCAGGCGAACUACUGAAAUUCGGUUUGGCUGUUUGUUUGCACAACAACUGCCACUUCAUUGUCCAGGGUUACUUGUAGUAAUAAACGUAUCUCAUUAUGCAUCUCAACAAAAUUCAAUGUUAAUGCUUUUGCCAUAGAAAGAUGUGAAUGUGCUAACAUCGCCAACUACUGGCCUGGCACACGUAAUACAGCGUUUUAGUUGUUAUGGCAGAUCCAUAUAAACGUAGAUGUUUUUGGCAGUGCUGUCAUGUCAUUUUUCAAAACUUUCAGUUUUUACUGCAUUGUGUAGCUUCGGACAUUAUAGGUUUAUUUAACUUUAAACACUGUGGCAUGGCUAAACAUUUUUGUUUCAGCAUUCAACGAUAUUUAUUUUGGUUUUGUUUGGUGAUGCAGAAAUUGCACACUUCACUUAAAGGAAUAGUCUACUAAUUUUCAAUAUUAAAAUAU